AUGGCGAUCAGUGUGAGCUACAACCUAGGAGAGCUUUUGGACGCCGAGACAGAGCUAGACCGAGAUGAAGAGGACCGGGACGGAGACGGCGUCACACGUCUAGACACCAACGACGAUGAGAUCCGUCGCAUAGAGCAGAGUAGCCUCGCCAAGCACGUUGCUUCUCGAGACGAAAUGCAAGACAUGCGGAAGACUGUGGACGAAGACGGGAGGGUGCACGAUGAUUUCAUUGGAUUUGUGUUGGACCGGCAGGAGUUCAAAAUUCAUGCCCAGGAACUUGCAAGACAAGCAGAGCAAGGCACCCGAGAAGAGCCUGUGUACGACGACUGGCGGGAACGCGAAGAAAGAAUGUAUCUUAGAAGAAAGAAUGAGAGGAGAGUUCAGGAGGAGCAUCACAUGCAGGACCUGAUUCACCAGCAGCUGAACAUGGAGAUACUUGCAAGGAAGACAGAGGAAGACGUUGGCAAUGGGAUCGUUGAACAAGUGGAAGCGAAGUUUCUGCAGGCAGCUCUUGAUGCUCGACCCAAGGUGUUCGAUCUCUUGUCGGCGAAAGACAGCAUGGAUAGAACACUCGAGGACUUCUUGCUCGCAGUCGUCAACCAGUGCCAUGUAGUUGCUGAGCAAGUGAGAAAGAGUGAAUGGCAGGUCAAGUCGAGAGAUUUCGCUCAGUCCAAUCGCAUUCUCAACUUUGGCAAUGAGAUUCGUCGAGGUCUCAAGGAGUGUGUCAAGCUUUCUCUCGCAGCUCUUCAAUGCUUACUCCGCUGGUUCCAAGUCUUCCGGUGCACUCUCACCUCUGAGCAUGGCCAGUGGCACCUCGUUGAGAGUUCUUCUCGAUCUUCCCUUGUCUUGCAGAAACUUGUCAACAGUGAACCUGAUGUCUCGAACUCCUCCGAUGCAGAACAACACAAGAGAUGUCACCCUAUGCAAGGGAUGUCAUGGCUUCUCUUCCACGAGAUGGACGUCAGUUGCAGGGGCUUCUUGCUACCGAGCGACGUCCUUGAAGGUCUCAAGAGGUUCGGGAUCACAUCUCACCACCCACAAGAUCAGCAUGGUGACGAGGGCAGGAUCGACUUUGACAAGUUUUUCCAACGGAUUCUUGAGAACGCUGAUGGAAGCGAGUGA